AUGAGUUCCAAGGAUCAAGGGCAGGGUGAAGCGGAGAAGAACAUUGAGAUCUGGAAGGUCAAGAAGUUGAUCAAGCGCCUGGAAUCCGCUCGCGGAAAUGGUACCUCCAUGAUCUCGCUCAUCAUCCCUCCCAAGGAUCAAAUCUCUCGCGCGGCAAAGAUGUUGGCUGAAGAAUACGGUACUGCCUCCAACAUCAAGUCCCGUGUGAACCGUCUUUCCGUCUUGUCCGCCAUCACCUCCACCCAGCAGCGUCUGAAGUUGUACAACAAGGUUCCACCCAAUGGUCUGGUUGUCUACUGUGGUGAAAUUAUCACCCAAGAAGGCAAGGAGCGCAAGAUUAACAUUGACUUCGAACCGUUCAAGCCCAUCAACACCUCGCUCUACCUUUGUGACAACAAGUUCCACACAGAAGCUCUGAGCGAGUUGCUCGAGUCGGACCAGAAGUUCGGUUUCAUCAUCAUGGACGGUAACGGUGCGCUCUUUGGUACUCUGAGUGGUAACACUCGCGAGAUUCUGCAGCGUCUGUCUGUCGAUCUUCCCAAGAAGCACGGUCGUGGUGGUCAGUCUGCCCUGCGUUUCGCGCGUCUGCGUGAAGAAAAGCGUCACAACUACGUGCGCAAGAUCGCUGAAUUGGCUGUUCAAAACUACAUCACCAACGACAAGGUGAAUGUCGCGGGUAUCGUUCUGGCCGGUUCCGCUGAUUUCAAGAACGACCUCAACCAAUCCGACAUGUUCGACCAGCGCCUGCAGGCCAAGGUCAUCAAGGUUGUCGACGUUUCGUACGGUGGAGAGAACGGUUUCAAUCAGGCGAUUGAGUUGGCCGCUGAGACCUUGAGCAGUGUCAAGUUCAUCCAGGAGAAGAAGCUGAUCGGCAAGUACUUUGAGGAGAUCUCUCAGGACACGGGCAAGAUCUGCUACGGUGUGGAUGAUACUUUGAAGGCUCUGGAGCUCGGUGCCGCUGAGACUCUGAUCGUGUUCGAGAACCUGGAUGUCACCCGUUGGGUCUUGAAGGAUUCCAACGGCUCGGAGGUGGUUCUGCACACUACCAAGGCGCAGGAGAGCAACCGCGAGCUUUUCCAGGACAAGGAGACUGGCUCCGAGAUGGAAGUCGUGGACUCGGGUUCCUUCUUGGAGUGGUUGGCCGAGGCCUACAAAGACUUUGGUGCCGAGCUGGAGUUCGUGUCCGACCGAUCCAGCGAGGGUAACCAGUUCGUGAAGGGCUUUGGUGGUAUCGGCGCCAUCCUUCGCUACAAGGUCAACUUUGAACAACUUGCCGACUACAGCGACGAUGAUGAGUUCUACGAUGAUUGA